GACCUUGUAAUGUAGAGAUAGAGACCUUGAUAUUUGAUAUUUAUAUUAUGGAUGACCACUACUAUAUGACCUGUUAAUUGACAAUCAAAAUAUAUGAUAAUAUAAAUAAUAAUAAUUUAGUGGCAUUUUGUAUCAAAUUGUCUUCAAUUGAAUCAUUCAAUUAAUACAAGAAACAGUUAAAUCAAUUUCUAAUGUUUUUUCAUACCAUUGAAGGCAUAGUGACGUCAAAAUGAGACAUUAAUACAGUGAAUGUGUGCUAAAUAUCUGAUUUAUAGACAACUAAUUACUAAACAGUUUUUGUUAAAAAAAAUUGUUUUCAAUAAAUGAAAAUCAUUGAAAUGAUUGAUUGAAAGCAAAUGUUUAUCGUUUUUUAUAUCUAUUUAUAUGAAACCAUCAAAAUUGAUCCGAAAUGGCAUUUUGUAGACGGCUUUGCACUCGAAGACUAACUUUGUCUUCAUUUGAAAACUCUUGUAAACUUCUUGUACUUCACAAUAGAGUGUUAGCUAACAAUAGUUUUAUAUGUAAUCGAAAUGUGAGUCAAUUUAAUAGAUUGCAAACAAGUGUUGUCAAGGGAUCAGAUGUAACACAUUUAACAAAACAUUUGUUUCAUCAAAGUUUUCAUCGAUUUGCAUCAGAAGUAGUUCCGUUUCUUCUGUCAGAUAUCGGUGAGGGUAUCGGCGAAGUGACGAUCAAAGAGUGGUACGUUAAUGUCGGCGAUAAUGUCAGACAGUUUGACAGUAUAUGUGAAGUACAGAGCGAUAAGGCGUCUGUUACUAUCACCAGUCGUUAUGAUGGAGUCAUUAGACAUAUUCACUAUCAAAUCGAUGACAUCGCCAAAGUUGGUAAACCUCUGGUCGAUAUUCAAAUUGAAUCCACUAAUGACGAACAAAUGGACAUUAUUUUAGAAGAAGAAUCGGAUAAGUCAUCUAAGAUUUUACUGAAUGCUACCGAAGAUAACAAUUUUCAAACAACAGAUAAAGUGAUGACUACACCUGCCGUUAGACGACUGGCCGCCGAACAUAAUAUUAAACUAAAGGCAUUGAAGGGCACCGGAAAAGAUGGUCGCAUUCUUAAGGAAGAUGUUAUCAAUCAUAUCGAGAAUCUCAGCAAACAAAGUGUCGAAACAAAACCAACUAAAAGUAUUGACAAUAAAAUAAGUGAAACAAAAACUGAAAUGCCAUCCAAACUAAAUCCUAAAACUAAAGUCAGAGAAACGUCUAAAGUUUUUGCUGAUAAAACCGAACCGAUUAAAGGCAUUCAAAAAGCAAUGACAAAGACUAUGACUCAAUCGUUGAAUAUACCACACUUGGGUUUAAGUGAUGAUAUUGAUAUCACCCAAUUGGUUGAAUUGAGAAAUAAGAUUAAACAAAUGGCAAAAGAUAGAUCCAUUUCAUUAUCUUAUAUGCCAUUCUUCAUAAAAGCCACUUCAAUGGCUUUGAAUGAAUUUCCUAUUCUUAACUCAUCAGUUGAUGACAAAUGUGAAAAUAUUACUUAUAAAGCUAAUCAUAAUAUUGGUAUUGCAAUGGAUACCAAACAAGGAUUGGUUGUACCAAAUGUUAAAAAUGUUGAGAACUUAACCAUCUUGGAAAUCGCAGAAGAGUUAAAUCGUUUACAAGAACUCGGAACUAAUAACCAGUUGUCAACUGAAGAUCUAUCAAAAGGCACUUUCAGUCUUUCUAAUAUUGGAUCCAUCGGAGGACUUUUUGGUAUACCUAUCAUUUUACCACCAGAAGUGGCGAUCGGUGCUCUCGGAGGCAUUAAAGUUGUACCAAAGUUUGGCAACGAUGGCAAUACUAUAGUGAAAGCACACACAUUAACUGUUGUCUGGAGGGCUGAUCAUCGGGUCAUCGAUGGCGCGACAAUCUGUCGAUUUUCGUCUCUUUGGAAAAAAUAUUUACAAACUCCGGCCUUAAUGUUAUUGCAUUUAAAAUAAUGAAUAAUUUUAUACUUUUGUUAUACAAAUCUUUAAUAUCUGUUAUAUUAAACGGGUUUUAUAUUACAAUUAUGUAAUAAAU